CGUAGUCGUCGUAUUGUUAUUUUCAUUCGCAGUCACACCAUCUGGACUGUCAGAAAAGUGAAAUUUCUUCCUUUUAUCAGGGAAAAAUGGAUUAAAACCGACAAAUUUUCAUAUCAGUCGGUAGUUUUAGAGGAGAAGAAGCCGAAUCCAUCAAAGUGCGGUGAAGCUGCGGAUAAAUUUUCCUGAAACACCCAUCAAACCUAGGCACUGAGGAAAUGUGGCCUGCGAGACGCCUCGUGAAGUAUGGUCUCGUGGGAGGUUCCCUGAUGGGAACCGCCCUCAGUCUGCACGCCAACGACUACGACAUCAACUCGAUCGGUAUCGUUCGGCUGGGCCGAGCGGGAAUGACCGUAUUCGACAUUGCCACCACCUACAGGAUGAACCUAUACAAGCAGGAAUGGCCCGACAAGAAAGAUCCGGCCUACCUAAAGCUCAAAAGCGAAACCCAUAAACUCGCGGCAGCCAAACUGCUGGAACUGUGUCGUACAAACAGGGGAGUCUACGUCAAGGUUGGGCAGCACAUCGGCGCCUUGGAGUACCUUCUGCCCUACGAGUACGUCAACACGAUGAAGAUCCUGCACAGCAAUGCCCCACAGAAUCCCAUCGAAGAUCUGUACAAAGUGAUACGGCAAGAUCUGAAAGUAAAUCCGGAAGACAUUUUCUCCUCGUUCGAUCCGGAACCCCUCGGAACGGCUUCCCUCGCCCAAGUCCACCGGGCAACUCUGAAAGAUGGCACGGAAGUGGCCGUCAAAGUGCAACACCCCUACGUUCGGGGGAACUCCAGGGUCGACAUUAAGACCAUGGAAGUGCUAGUCAAAUUAGUAACGUGGGCAUUCCCGGACUUCAAGUUCCAAUGGCUGGUGGAUGAAACGAAGCGGAACCUCCCCGUCGAAAUGGACUUUGAACACGAAGGUCACAACGCCGAAAAGGUUGCGGAAAUGUUCAAGGACUACAAGUGGCUCAAGAUUCCGAAAAUCUACUGGCAAUACACGACCUCCCGGGUGUUGAUGAUGGAAUUUGUCAAGGGCGGACAAGUGAACGACAUCGACUAUAUCAAGCAGGAAAAGCUUGACCCCUACGACAUUGCCAACAAGAUCGGUCAACUGUACGCGAAUAUGAUCUUUCUGAAGGGGUUCGUUCAUAGUGAUCCCCAUCCGGGUAACAUACUGGUGAAGAAGUCGGACAAGGGAGGCACUGAGGUGAUACUGCUCGACCAUGGUCUGUACGCCAAUCUGACGGAAAAGUUCCGCUACGAAUACUCCAAACUGUGGCUUAGUAUAUUGAAAGUGGACCAGAUGGGCAUGAAGAAGCACGCGCAAGCUCUCGGCGUAGAGGGAAGUAUGUGGGGAUUAUUCGCUUGCAUGGUUACCGGUAGACCGUGGAACUCGGUGAUCAGCGGUAUCGACAAAGUCAAACAGGACGAUGCAGAGAAAGAACUCAUCCAAAAGGAAGGCAAACUGGUAAUUCCGCACAUCUCCGACGUGCUGGAAAAGGUCGACCGCCAGAUGUUGCUGGUGCUGAAAACGAACGACCUCAUCCGGGGGAUCGAAACGACGCUCAAGACGCAGAACCGCAUGACGGCCUUCUGGGUGAUGAGCAAAUGCUGCUACAAGAGCGUCGGCAACCGGGAAUACAUGGACGCACCGGAUCCGUGGCGAAAGCUUUCGACCUGCCUGCGGGAGAAUUGGGCUAUUCUGAAACUCAAUAUGUAUUACCUGUACCGGGGGUUGGUGACGUUGCACCUGCUGUCCGCUUUGAAGAUGAUUUUCUAGGGAUAGUUAUUUUCUAGCUCCAACAAUAAUU